GCUAGCAACGAUGGUAGUCAAGCGUCGUCGUUGACCCUCGAGAAAUCGAAGCUACCGAAUUUCAAGACUUUUCGUUUUUGACCAUUGGAAAAAUAACCGAGGCAUAUAUUUAUAUACACGAGAUACGUAUACUUAUCGUUCUAGUAAGUAGAAAACUUUAAUGAUGGGUGCAUCAAGUAGUAGUAACGGUAUUCGUCCGCCGACUCCGAUCUCCACGAGCGAACGUGCGGCGGAAACGUUUUCGGAGGACGCUCAUCCCACAAACGAUAGGAGACAAAAAUCGUAUAUCUAUAAGAAAGAGGAUCAGCCGCGAUCGCAGGGUCCAAGCUCAUACCCAACCUUGAGAACGGGCGAAUUCUGGAAUCAAAGACCAACGGCACCCAGUCUGUCAAACGUGUUACCUCCUAAACGCGAGACCUUGUUAACAUACGCCACGCAAAUGACAGGCUGGCAGUCCGCCGACAGUCGCGAUUCUUCGGUGCUUCAACACAGCAACGAAGUCAUGGAGCUUUCACGAAUCAUUUCGCAAUUAGCUAUGGCUAAUCAUCAAUUAGCCAGCGCGCACAAUACCGUGUUGGCGCGUAUGGAAGUAUUGUACUUAGAGCUGUCAAAGGACAAGGAGGACCAAAAACGAAGGAUUUCGACGGAGGCUCUGGAAAUUCGCGACGACAUUCUGCGGAAAAGAAUGCGGAACGCCGAAGAGAGCGAAGAAACGCACAAAUUAGAGCAGCGUGUCGUUAGUCUGGAAAGAUUGCUGGCGACGAGUUCCGUUGGACAGUAUAAACAAAAAGGUCAAGAGGAUAACAAACCGCGUUCUAGAAUCGAGAGAUUUGAGAAUUCUUCGAUGACACGAGAUACAAACAACAGUCGUUCGAGAUCCGCGGAAUUGUGUUGUGAAUCGUCGCAGCAACGAACGAAUGAUAUCGCGAUUGACACUGUUAGUGAAGUACCUGAAGAUCGCGAGGAGUAUAAAGAUGCGGCGACAGAAGGAACGGAUGUUCACAGAUGCGCUCACUCCGAUGAUUCCGAAUCAAGUGUUCCUAGGAUAGACGAGAGCUCGUGUUCCGCGAGCGUAGAUUUAGACAAAAUGCACAAAAGACGCGCGAGAUUGAGAGACGACGGGCAGGAAAACCUGUACGAAGAGACGGACGAAGAGAUGCUGUCGCGGAAGAUUGUGAUAUUAGAAGCCGAUCGACUACAAUGUCGAAGUAUGAACGAACAACUGCUGUGCAAUUUGGAUGACCAAAAAGAUCUGGUGAAGAAAUUGACCGCAGAUUACGAGGAACUAAAAGCACGAUACGCGACGGUAGAAGCUGAUUUUCAUGAGCACGAACAACAGUACGACAAUAUGUCGAGGCAUUUGUACAUGGCGAAAAUGGAAAUCACGAACUUGAUGGAAAGAAAUAGUGUCCUUCAAUCGGAAAAAGACACUGCCGAUGCGAGAAUUUCGACACUGGAAAAGGAUCUGCAAAAAUCGUUGCUCGAGAAAGAGGAGAUCAGAAACGCGGAAAGUGAGAAGGCGUCAAAGCUGCAAGCACAAUUGUCCGAAGAGGUUUCGGACAAAAAGAAGCAAAUUAAGGCUUUCGAGGACGCUUUGCAGGAGAUUCAAAGACUGAAGGAAACUAUCAAGACUGAAAAAGGAAACGAGAACGACGUUGCUUCGAAAGAGGAUAUCGAUGUUGUCGACUCGAUAGACGAAGAAUCGGAGAAUGCAUUGACUGCAGAUCGUGCCGCUACCAAUAUAGAGGAGUUUAAAAAGGAAUUAUCGUUGAAGAGGGAAGCUAGGCACAGAGCAAUCGCGGCUGUCUCGUCCGAGAUGGAGAGACUUCGAAAAGAAUUGGACGCCGAAAAGGAAGCUCAUUCCGAGACGUCGAACGUGCUGGCUCUUUUGCGUUCCGCUCGCAGCGACUCGCAGGAUCUCGAUCUCGCGAGUGGCAAUUCGAAGUCCACGUCGAGAGAACAAGAAGCGCGCGAGCGCGCGGAUGAAAACGAGAAAGAGCUGAGACGCGCAGAAGCGCUGCGAUUAACGAACACGCUGAAGGUGUCCGACGAGUUAAGGAAUGACGUGCGAUACCAAAUCGAGAAGGUGGACGACCUUCGUUACCAUCUAGAGACCGAUCCGGAGCGUCACCGGCGCCGUAUUCAGUGCUUGGCGGAAGUGUCGAGCAAGUCACGCGAGUCUCUCGUUGCGCGAGAACGGCGGACUAAUGAGCUAAAGAAUUAUCUGGCGCAAGUGCUAGUCAGAUUAGGCGACAGAAGUUUUCUGGACGUUCGAGACGACGCGGGAGCUGAAUGCAAUCGGCAGCUGGAGAAUAUCAACGCGCUGAAAGCUCUGUACAACGAGAGACUGCGAGUUUUGACCGAGCUGAAAGAUUCGGCGAUUAAAGAGCUGACGGACGUGAAGCAAAAGCUGGAAUACACCCUAAAGAAAUCCGAAAACUUGGAGGAGGAACUGAAGAAAGCCGAAGAAAAGGUCGACGCGCAAGACUCGGAAAUUACGAAUCUGGAAUCUCAACUGGGAUUAACCAAGGCGGAUUGCAGAGAUCUUCAAAAUCAGAUGUCUCUCAUCAACGGAUUGUUCACGCAGAUGCUGCUCGGAGCUUCCUCCGCGGAUAUGGAUCUUGAUCGGUUAACUCAACUAUUGCAGGAAAAUCAUGAUCUCAUUAGUGACAUAGCCAGAGAAGAAAGUACCGAGGCAGCGGCUCUUCCUAAACUUCUUUUAGACUUAGUUGAGCAAGUCGAAGGUGGUAAAGCGUCGCAGAAGCACGCGAGUGAGGAGAACGACGAAGAGAAUGUUGGCGAAAUUGAUAGAAAGGAAGAUGAUUUGCAAGAGGAAAAUAUCGCUCACAAUUUGCCCAAGGUGUGGCGCGUUUUACUGGAAUUACUUAGUUGCCACGCGGUGACCUCUCCGAGCGUUUCCGUUGCAUCCUGUUCGGAUCCGAACAGCUGUUACAAGUCUGUGGACACUCCGGCCGGUCCAAGAUUAGUGAUAUCCGUCAGCAAAACGUACAUACGUCUGAAGGAAUUGAUUUUGGAAAAGAAACACCUGGAGAAGGAGAUGAAUCGCAUGAAGCAACUGAACACUCAUUUAGAGAGCAAGCUCGGCGAGCAGGAGAAGAGACUUUCGAUGGUGUCGACUGAACUGGCCAAAACGUGGAAUAUCGUCGGCCGAAUGCAAGCGCAGCAUCAGCAAUUGCACACGCACGAGGAAAUACUGCGAUAUGAGCUGCAACAGAAGAGGAAGAUGUUGCAGGAGUUGAAACAAGAGCUAGAAUAUUGCAGAGAAAAAUGGGAAUCGGCCAGACAGAAAAACACGAACACCGAACUGGAGUGGAGAAGCUUACGCCGCGAGUUCGCCGCACGGAAAGCUUUGGCUGCCCACGAUUCUUUUAACAGCGCCGAAAGUGGCUUUAGCGAUGAGAGAGGCGAUGAUUCGGACGAAGAAGAGGAGGCGAUCGAAGGAAGAAUCAGACACGGUCUACGAAGACGGACACGAAAGGAGAGUCCUAGAGCGCCGACACCGGACACAGAAUCCGAGCAACCGACGGAUACCGAACUGUCAGAAUCGAAGACUGGUUCCUCGGUGACUUUGGAACAACGCACACCUACGCCGGAGACGGAAGCGGAGUUGGACGAGGCAGAAGUCGCGCAUAUCGACUCAGAACCUAUUGAUCCCGUAUCGGAAUCUGCCCCGAGCGUGGAAAAUACGCCGGAAAUUUUAGAUCCUUUGGACCAGGCUCUCACUAACGUCAUACAGAAUCUGAUAAAAAUCGACAAUACAAAAUCAGACGGAAACAUUUCGAUUUUACGGGAGGACUCGAUGACGGAGGAUCCGCGCGAUAAUUCGACUCCCGAAACCGACGGCAAUGUGGAGAACGAUCGCGCGACAAGUUCCAAAACGGAUUUCUGUAACAGAAAUCCAGGACCGACCACCGAGUUUUGGUGUUUGCUGCCUACCGCGAAGACAUUGAAGCGAUCAGCCACGAGCGUCGAUCUGCCUUCGGCGGUGGACAACGGCGAAUUGACUGAAUCGUCGAACGUAGCGUCAACAACUUCGUCCAGGCGACGCGACGACGUUGACGAGAUAACAAAAUCUGAAAGUGUCCUGUCAUUACCCGUUUCUCACGUACCUAUCGUCACGGCUGCGAAUACAACUAGCACGAUGCCCGUCUUUUCCAUCGGGCCCCUUCCAACGCUAACUGUACCGUGUUCGUCCAUAAAGAGCGUGCAAUUCAGCGAUCCCUUGAUCGUGGGCCCGUCUAAUCGAUUUUCCCCAGUGUUCGGCGCGGCAGAAUUGGACAAUUCUACAGAUUCUCUUGUCGCCUCCGUCAUUCGAUCCUCCUCGUCGUCGAGGGAGGAAGAGGAGGCAAUGGAAGGCAAGGAAUCCUCGAAACCGACAGAAAGCGUCAUAGAUUCCGACAGCAUUUCCGUAGAUUCCUCUUCGAGCUUGGACACAGUUCGAGAAUUUCCUACUAUUGAUCGCAGUCCUACGCCUUUAUCUACAUCGGCGUGUAAGGAGAGCGCAACAAGCUCGCCGAGGGAAGCCACGGUUACUUCGGCCAAAUCUCGAACUCCAGAGGAAGUUUUAGCGACGCGUGCCGAUCGAUUAAAACGCUUGGAGGAGCAGGCCGAUUGGCUUAUGAAGAAAAUGAACGCUACGAGCAAACGAGGCGACGCUCUCUGCACGAGAUUGGAGGAGCUUCACGACGUCUACGGCGAACCGCCGGUUCCACCACCUAUGCCGGACAUCUUACCCAGCCGUAGAUUACCGUCCACUCUGUCCGAAUCACCUCGUCAGGUACCUGAAUCAUCGUCCACUGACGGUGCCGAAAAUGCUGAAGACGAAAGCUCGCAUGUGGCGAGAAACGAUGCAUCAUCGUCGAGCGCGAAUGAGCCGUAAUGCGUCUUUGAUCUUUUUAUUCGCUAAAAGCCCUUUAACUUACGUUUAUUUUUAUCACUCAAAAACAAAGUCACAACGCUGUGCGUUACAAAGCACAGUGUGUUUUAUCUCGCGACGUAAAUGUCUUCCUGUCAAUAAAUGCAAUUACCAUUAUUUGACGUAAUAUUAAUUAUGUAUCUAAUGGAUAUUAUUCUUCUUUUCCGACACACGCGCACAAGUCCCUCAAUUUUAAUUUUGUUCAAGAUUUCUUAUUGAAAUUAAACGCGAGAUUUUCGUAUUCUUUAUUGUAUACAUGUAUAAUAUGCAAUAAUUUUCUUCUCUGUUGUUCCUAAAAAAAUUGAUGUGAUUUACGUAAUUAUAUUCCUGUUUUGUAAUCUCACAUAUGUAAUUAAUAAAG